CUCUUUUCUAGUUGCAACACGACGAUGGAACACAUCUGUUUUUUGUUGUUGUUGUUUUUUUCGAAGGACAAAGCUGUCGCCUGUUAAUGUUAAUGCAUUAUUUUGAGUGUAAUUCAGUCAUCAUAACGUAGCCUUUGAAUGACAUUAUGAAAUGAUGUGUGGCUAUUAUGAUUAGUACUGAGAUAGUGAGGUGACAUGUCGAAAGGUUUGAGUGCUCUGCGGUUGUCUUCUCUAAAACCACUGAAAUUGAAAGUUAAAGAAAAGUGUUUCUCUGUCGCGUGUUUGGGUGAAGAGUCUAUUCGGAAAUUCAUUUCAGAGAACACAGAAAUUGUUGCACACCAAAACCUGACACCGGAGAUCAAACUCAGACUUUUCACCCCAAACUGUAGAUUUUGGUUCGAAAGAGCAGAACUUUGGCCCUUUGAAGACCCAUACUGGGCCAUAUACUGGCCAGGAGGGCAAGCACUUUCGAGGUAUCUCCUGGACCAUCCGAGAAUAUGUUUGGGGAAGUCCGUCUUGGAUGUGGGAAGCGGCUGUGGAGCUUCGGCCAUCGCUGCGAAAUUGUGUGGUGCCGAUCGAGUAGUUGCUAACGACAUCGACUCCGUUGCCACGCUUGCAACCUGCAUGAACUUUGAGCUCAACGGUCUGGAGUCCCCAGUUAUUGUGACAGAUAACCUGAUUGGUUCAGAUCCUGGCAACUUUGACCUGGUCCUUCUCGGUGACAUGUUCUAUGACAACGCCCUCUCCUGCAACCUUCACACUUGGUUGGAACGCUGCAUCAAAAGUCACAACAGUCAAGUUCUGAUCGGAGAUCCUGGCAGAGCCCAGUUUGACGAGCAUGGCAUUCAAAGGUUCCUGCAGAAGUUGGCCCAGUUUGAGCUGCCCAAGCCUGUACGAGAGGAGAACUACGGUCUGACCCGCAGCAGUGUUUGGUGCUACAGGAACCUAACUUGAAAACGAAGUUGCAUAAAAAGAUUACAUUUGUGACUUUAUUGAUUUUUAAUUGGUUUUGAUCGAGAUUGGAAGAAAGCAUUGUUGUUGUGGUUAUAGUCUGCCAUGGUGGAGAACUGCACCCACUAUACCAAAUGUAGAACUACAUAAGAGGGAAAAUGGCGUCAUCAUGAGGUGGACUUGUGUUGCGAUUGAGAACUUCUCACAUAGUACACCUUUAAGUUAAGUCCCCAUUUGUGGGACAGUAGCGGUGUGUGUGUUACGACAAGAUUUGGUAUUGAUCUCAUGUGAAGUUAAUACCAGGCCAGUAUCGCUGAUACUGAAAUUAACUAACAUUGAUACAUCAUGACAUUGUUUCAUAUUAAUGAAUUUGAAUUUGUAUGCCUUUUUACCUUUGGAUUAUGAUGUAUCCUCAUAAAAUCAAGUGUCAUUCACUUGCGAUAGUGUAAGUAUAAUGUAUAGAGUGUCUCUUGAAUAGUUAGUGUAUUUACAGUGCAUCACAUCUGAGCAGUAUUAUGUGAGUACUUUUAAUUCCAGUGAAUGUGUUCAUUUCAAUGAAUUGCAUCAAGGUUUAAAGGGCCCAUAUUUUAGCAAACCACAUUUUUGAGAUGUAAUAUUGGUUCUAUGGUGCCUUAGUUAACGUCUGAAAUAUGAAUUAAAGUCAUCGACGCA